UUAACGCGCAUCACGUGAGCUGGGGCUCUACCAAGGCGAACGUUCGGGGGAAGAACCUGAUGGGCGCGGCCGGCGCGGCGGGCCUCGCCGUCAUCAACAGCGGUCAGCCCACCUUCGUCCGUCGCGGCGGGAGCGCCACAGUGAUCGACCUAACGCUAGUUUCGGAGCGCUGCUCAUACGAGUGGCAGCGUGCACCGGACACCGCGGGAUCCGAUCACUAUCCCAUCUCGCUCUCCCCUGUGCGGCCGAGUCGCGGCGCCACGCGUGUUUACACGGUCGUGCGUUGGCCCAAGUUCCGCGAAUUCUGUGCAGAAACACCGCGCGGCGACGAUUUCUUCGCGCACAUCGCAGAGUGCGCGAAUCGUGCUUCGUCGCGUGUUGCGGUACCCGCCGGCAGCCCUUGCCCAGACAUCAAGCUCCUCAAUGUGCGCGCCGCCCGCCGCCGCGCUCAGCGGAGAGCAAUCCGUAGCGGACGCAUGUCGGACUGGACGCUGUACAACCGCUUGGACGCGGUGUGCCGACGACACGCCUGUCAACUUCGCCGCCGAUCAUGGGCCCGCCUCUGCUCAUCACUCGCUGAGCCGAGCAACGAGCGCCGUGGAUGGCGAGUCCUCCGUGCCCUGCUGAACCCGAAGACACCGCGGUUCCCCGUGCAGGCCAUUGCCAUUGCGCGAGGGAUCAGCGAGCUGGAGCUCGCCGAGAUUCUGGCGGACGUUUUUGCUGCCUCCGCGCCGGCUUCCAGUGCGCCCACGGUUGUGUUGCGGGCGCUGUACGCUGCGGUGUUCGUGCGGGGCGAAGCUCACUCAAACCACGCGGAGGCAAUAACAAGCCUGUGCGAGAGUGACUUCACUCAUCACGAGCUGCAGCGAGCCCUAUCGCGCGGCCGGCGGUGCCGCAGCGCGCCUGGGGCGGACGGGAUCACGCGGAAGAUGUUGCGGAACCUGGACGAGCCGCAACGCCGCCUCCUGCUCGACGCGUACAACGACGUCCUGCACAGCGGCUCCCUCCCGGAUUCGUGGCGCCAUGCAGUUGUGGUCCCGGUGCUGAAACGUGGCAAGCCACCUCAUAGCCCUGCCUCAUACCGGCCCAUCUCCCUCACGUCUAUACCAGGGAAGACGAUGGAGGCGAUGGCUCUGUCUCGCCUGCAGUGGAUUGCGGAUGCCCGCGGUGCUCUGCCUCCCGAGCAGUGUGGCUUCCGCGCUCACCGCUCCACGGCGGACUGUAUUGCUGUCGUCGUCGGCACCCUCGAGCAAGCCAGGCUGCAGAGGCAGGCCGCCUUCUUGCUGCUCCUCGACAUCCAGAGUGCGUUCGACUGCCUGCCUCACGACACCAUCCUCUCGUCCGUGCGGGCUCUCGGCGUGGAGGGCAGGCUGCUCGCGUACAUCGAGGCCUUCCUUGCUGGCAGAACAGCUGCUGUCCGUGUCGGGGGGACGGUCGGCUCGCCCCGCCCUGUGAACUGCGGUGUGCCACAGGGAAGCGUGUUGAGCCCGUUUCUGUUCAACCUUGCACUCGCGCCCAUCAUCGAGUGCAUUCCCAAAACGGGCCGCUUCCCUGUGCGCGCUGUGCUCUACGCGGACGACAUCGCGCUCUUCGUGCGCGGGCCGCCCUCUGCGACGGCCGCGAUGCGCAACCAGCUUCAGGCGGCGCUUGACAUCGUCGCGAACUUUCUGCGCGCCAUCGGAUUGCGGCUGUCGUCGACGAAGUCCGAGGCCAUCCUCAUCCACCCCCGGAGUGUUCGCCGGCACACCGGCUGCAUACUCGUCGACGGAGUGCCCCUGCCCUGGCGCCUGACAGUGCGGUACCUGGGGCUCACGAUCGACAGCCGCCUCUCGUGGCUCGCCGCCGUGAGCCGGCUACGAGCGGAGAUGCGCCGAGUGGAGAGUGCGGUGCGCGCCCUUCUCGCCCGCGGAGACGGCUGCCCCUCGUCGUUCGCGGCGGCGCUCUACUCAGCGGUAGCGCUCCCCAAAGUGUUGUACGCGCUGCCCCUGUGCCGUGUCAGUGCCCGGCUGUGGAAACUCAUUGACGGUGACCAUCGUCGAGUGCUGCGAAUGUGCCACGGUCUCCCUCGCUCGUCGCGGAUCGCGGAGACGCUCGCCGAGACUGGUGCGUGGCCUGUCUCCCUGACGGCUGACCUGCGUGCUCUCGGCCACCUCGAGCGCCUCUCCCGUGCCCCAGACGCCGGCCCCAUCCUGUUCCUACUCCGUUCCCUACGCCAGUCUCGUGUGGGAACAGUGUGCGAGCUGUUUGACAGCCUCGUGGUUGACACACCGCCCGUACCGCCGUCCUGGCCACCGCCUCAUCAGCGCGCACCACUUCACGUGCGUCUCGGCCUCCCGGGCGUCCGCUCCAAACAUCGCACGCCUCUCUGCGCCGUACAGCAGGAGGCUGCUGCCAGGAUCGAGGACGACCUGGGAGGGAGGACGCAUCUGUAUGCUGAUGGCUCCGUCCUCGUCGACGGCUCGGCGGCUGCCGCCUGUGUUGCUCCGGACCUUGGCAUCUCUAGGCAGUGCCGGCUCUCCUACCGCGCCUCCUCCACCACGGCGGAGCUCGCAGGACUGCACCUUGCUGCGGACAUCCUCGAGGAGUCGCCGCACAUCACCAGCGCGGCGAUUCUCUGCGACUCGAGGGCCGCGCUGCAGCAGCUGCUACUAGACGAGCGCGGGCCGCCCCUUGCACAGCGCCUCGCCUGCCGUCUGCACGCACUUCAGUCGAGCUGCGACCUACGCCUGCAGUGGAUACCAUCGCACGUCGGCGUCGCGGGGAACGAGACGGCGGACCAGCUGGCCAGACGCGCGCACAACCCAUCCACCGCGCUCACAGCUCGGGUGAGCUCAAUCGACACAGCGCGCCUCCUCUUCAGACGGGAGCUGGUGCUUCGCCAUCCCGACGACCGAGUUGCAGAGGGGCGACCGCCGUGCCAUCUCCCGCAGACUGGAUUCACUAGGCGCGAGCGCGCCUUCCUUCUCGCCCUCAGGACCGGUUCUGUGUGGCCCGCCGAGCGGCGGCAUCGGCUGCGCGGAGCCCCCUCUCCCCUAUGCGGCGACUGCGGCGCGAUCGAGACACUGCAGCAUUUGAUAUCCCCCGAAGUGCCCUUGGUGCCUCCCGCGGACGGCUCUCCAGCAGGCGAGGAGCCCCACGUUUCGGUCCCGCUGCCUUCCUCUGACGAUAUGGACUUGACCAGCUCCCGAAAACGCGCUCGCGAAACGGAGAGCGACGACGAUGAGGACGCCAUGCGUCGAAAGCAGCCGCUGAGCGCUCCAGCCAGCUCGGAGCAGCAAGCUGCAGCCAGCACCCACGUGGAGAAAGGCGACCAGGGCAGCGCCAUUUUGCUCACCACCUGCGCAACAGCUGCCAGCCCCUCCCGUCCGGCCGCCCAAGAGGGAGCCCCUGCGGAAAGCGCGAGCGCCAUCUCUCGGCACCCCGCCGAGUUAGACGCCGCCUCCUUCGAGCCCCCUCCGAGCGAGGGCGCGCCCGACUCCUCCCUCGGAGCGUCGUCUGCUCCGGAGGGCGGCGCGCGCCCGGCAGCGUCGUCUGCUAGUGAGCCAGCUGGGAACCAAAGCGCCACCGACGCUAUGGAGCUUACGGACGAAGCUCCCGCUGGUGCCUCACAGCAGAACCGCGAACACCCAGCGGCGCAAUUCCUCAAGGGCCCGCCACGCCAGCCUGCCUCGCGGCCGAAGCCCAAGGGGAAGAACCAGCAGCGCAAGCACAGGAAAGAACCUGCUGCUCUAUCACCUUCGCCAGCUGUUCCUGCGGCCACUCCCAACAUGCCUGUGGCGUCACUGCAGGGUGCGGCGCCACCUGCCCGCGAGCUGAACGCAGACGGCUUCACCCUGGUGCGGUCGAGGGGCGAUCGGCGACGUGCCCAGGCACUCGAGACUGCAGCGAUCCCGGUGGACCCUGCGGUCAUCGGUACGGUGCUUUUCCGUCCCUCGGCGCCCGGCGGAGCCUUCAAGGGAGCCCCGCGCCUCGAACUCGCGGCGACCCUCUCAUCGCGGGCUGGUGUUGCUGCGGUGCGCGUCAACCACAGGCGCAACAUCGUGGCCGCGGACACCACCACCCGGGAAUGCCAGGAGGAGCUGCUGGCGAUUACCGAGCUCCGUGGAAUCUCGGUGACUGCCAGACUGCCGGCCGUGCGCGGCCAGAGCACCGGAACGCCUGAGCCUUUUCAAGCUUGGCUUCAGGGUGAGGCCGGCCAGGCCCCGCCCGGUGCAGUGCCGCCAGUGCGGCCGCUUCGGGCACGUGCUGGAAUCCUGCAGCUGGCCGUCCGACUGCAUUUCCUGCGGCAGGAGCCAUACGAAGGACGCCUCCUGCCAGACGGUUCGCUGCAGGAACUGCGGCGGCCCCCACAGGGCCGACACUCCCGCCUGCCCCAAAUGGCAAGAAGAACGCCAGGUGGCCACGAUUAUGGCUUCAUCCACCGCAGCACUAUCAAGGCGUGCCGUCAGGGCAGCGGUCCGGAGGAGCAGCAGCCAUCAACCUCGGCGCGGUCGUAUGCGAGCGCGCUGAAGGGCCCCAGUCCCGCUCCCAAGCGUCCAGUACCAGCCCCUCGAGCCCCCCGCCGCCAGGAGACACAGAAUCCUGCCCCCCCUGGCCAGACUACAGUGGAUCAGCUGGUAGCAAACCUGCUGGUCACCAUGCAAGCAGUCGGCGCUAUGCUACCAGCUGACCACCCACUCCGGACCAUCUGCCUGUAG